CAAACUUAACAGAAACAAUGGAGUUCGAGAAGAGGAAGGCAUUGGUUUUAGACUCAUUGAGCUCAACGAAAUCAGACAAAUCACCAAAGGGAACGUUGGACACACCAAUCAUCCCUCUCAUCAAUACACUAAACCAAAACCCUUCAUACUUCACUACGAGUUCCUGCUCUGGCCGAAUCUCUAUCCUUUCUCAACCACUUUCAACGAACCCUAAUCUCAAGAAGAAAGCCAGAGGAGGCUCUUGGCUCUUCGUUUCCCACGAACUCGCCGAUCCUGACUCAGUCCUCAGCCUCCUCUUCCCCUCCGAGUCAACUCUGUUCCCUGUUUCCGAACUCGUCUUCAGAUUCGAGCCACUCAUCAUCGCCGUCGAGUGCAAAGACCUCUCUUCUGCUCAGUCGCUCGUCUCGUUAGCGAUAUCUUGUGGUUUCAGAGAGUCCGGCAUUACCAAUGCUAACAAGCGUGUGAUUAUAGCGAUUCGGUGUUCGAUACGUCUGGAGGUGCCGUUGGGGGAUACCUCGAAGGUUAUGGUGACGCCUGAGUAUGUUCGUUAUCUUGUUGAAGUCGCAAACGACAAAAUGGAAGCGAAUAGGAAAAGAACAGAGAGGUUUCUUCAAAUGUUACAGUCCAAUGGGUCCUUGCAUGCUCCAAUGCGUGAAGUGGGGCUUGUUUCCGAUCAUCUUGAACUUGAGGAUGAAUCUUUGUUAGGAAACGGGAAUGCAGAAACCUAUUCAGGGUUUGUGGGUUUUCCCGGUUGUGGUCCAUCGAUUGCCGAUAUUGAAAUUGUUGGUGAACCGGUGGAGAAGCUUUUCCUUUGGGGCCACUCUGCCUGUACAUUGGAUAAUGCCUACCACAAGAAAGUAGUUGUAUUUGGUGGCUUUGGAGGCACGGGGAGACAUGCAAGAAGAAAUGAUUUGUUACUGGUUGAUCCAUGUUCUGGCAAUCUUGAAACAAUCAGCACUUUUGGCUGCGCUUCUCCAUCUCCACGUUUAGGCCAUACAGCUUCAUUGGUUGGAGAUUUUAUGUUUGUGAUUGGAGGUCGGACUGGUCCUGAUAAAAUUCUGAGUGAGGUGUGGAUCCUCGACACAACUAAGAAUUGUUGGAAGUUACUGCAAUGUGGUGGCAGUGUCUUUCCUCCCAGGCAUCGUCAUGCUGCAGCUGUCAUGGGUUCAAACAUUUAUGUAUUUGGGGGGCUUGAUAAUGAUAUUAUCUUUUCCUCCUUUUAUAUUCUUGACACAAUUAGUUUACACUGGAAAGAAAUUCCAGUUUCUGGGGACUGGCCAUGUGCACGUCACUCUCAUGCAAUGGUGGCAUCUGAUUCUCAAAUUUUUAUGUUUGGCGGAUACAAUGGUGAGGAAGCACUUGGGGAUUUGUAUAGCUUUGAUGUUCAGAGGGGUCAAUGGAAGAAGGAGAAGACAGUUGGAAGGAAUCCACAUGCUAGGUUCUCCCACUCAAUUUUUGUAUAUAAGAAUUAUCUUGGAGUUCUUGGUGGUUGCCCAGUCAGACAACAUUGUCAAGAGUUAGCUUUACUUGAUUUGAAGCUUCGUAUGUGGAAGCAUGUCACCCUUAAUUCUGUAGGGAAAGACUUAUUUGUGCGUAGUACAGCCAAUGUUAUUUGUGAUGAUCUUGUUAUACUUGGUGGUGGUGCUUCAUGCUACGCAUUUGGAACCAAGUUCACUGAGCCUAAAAAAGUCAGCUUGCUCCAUUUACUGCAUUCACAUAACGAUCUUAUGCCUGUCAAAAAUCAAAGAAAGCAUAUGGUUAACCAAAAUGAAGGGACGAAUGGGAAUCAGACUGAAAAUUCUCAAGGACCCCAACGUGAAGAUGCACCAAAUAUAUCUGAGGAUGAAAGUGUAUAUUUUAAUGAUAACCUGCCUCACUUGAAUAAUCAAAGUCAGAUGAUUGUUUUGCAUUAUGUUCUGCAAUUAGAAAAGAAAUAUGCAAAAUUGGGGAAGGAUAUAUUGAAGAAGUUUGGAUGGUUAGAUUUAGGAAGGAAGGUAUACUCUGAAGAGGGUGGAAUACACAUCUGUUUUCCAGUCCAUCAUGAUUUUUUUUCUGUAUUUUAUGAAAGGAAUCAUCAUUCAGGAGAUGCAAUUGAUGGAAAAAAUGAUGUUCCCUUUUCGAAACCACUUAAACAAGACGGAUACUUGUUAAAUGAGUUAUCUUGUUCUGAGGCAUUGACUCUUCUCCGUGAAUAUGGUGCCAUUGUUCUGGUAGAUGAAGUUGUUGACUUAAAAAAAGCUGCAAAGUCUCCUUUGAAAGUGAUGACUGAAGCAGUAACGUCUUUGAUUGAGCAUAAAGGCCUACCCACAAGGCUUCUAGAGGAACUGCCAACAAGGUGGGAUCGGCUUGGAGAUAUUGUUAUACUUUCAAGUACUUCUUUCAAGGAUUCCAUGUGGGACUCCAUUGCAGAAGAGCUUUGGUCCAUGGUUGCUAAAUCACUUAAGGCUAUUCGACUUGCUCGCCAGGGCCCAGUUGCUGCAACUGGUACAAGAGAUAGCAGGUUGCAGAUUCUUGUUGGAGAUAAUGGCUGGGUCAAUCAUCGAGAAAAUGGAAUACUCUAUUCUUUCGAUGCUACUAAAUGCAUGUUCUCAUGGGGUAAUCUUUCUGAGAAGCUCCGGAUGGCCAGACUGGAUUGUAAAGAUGAAGUUAUAGUAGAUCUGUUUGCAGGCAUUGGCUACUUCGUGCUGCCUUUUCUUGUCAGGGCCCAGGCAAAACUUGUAUAUGCUUGUGAGUGGAACCCCCAUGCUAUCGAAGCUCUCCAACAUAAUCUACAAGCAAAUUCUGUGGCUGACCGUUGUGUUAUACUUGAAGGAGAUAACCGAAUUACAGCUCCCAAGAAUGUGGCUGAUAGAGUCUGUCUUGGUCUCCUUCCAUCUAGUGAGUGUAGCUGGGUCACAGCUGUGAGGGCUUUAAGGAGAGAGGGUGGAAUAUUACAUGUACAUGGGAAUACAAAGGACUCAGAGGAGUGUCAGUGGACUGAUCAUGUGUCAAAGUCGAUAUGUGAAAUUGCUAAAUCUGAAGGUUAUUGUUGGGAGGUUUCUAUAGAACAUGUUGAAAGGGUGAAAUGGUAUGCUCCACACAUUCGCCAUGUUGUUGCAGAUGUAAGAUGCAGGCAGAUCCAAAGAUAGCGAAUGGGUUGGCAUUUGAGAUUAAAAAUUGGCUUCUGCAUGCAAUCAAUAUGAAAGUCAUUAGGAAUUUUAAUAUGCCAAGAUUCUAACUGAUCUACCUUUGUACCAAUGGCACAUGUAAACGCUGAGUUUGGAUUUCACAAGUUCAGAAAGUCCUGUUCAAACAUUGGUCGGACUUGUAAAUCUUGCAGAUGCGAGUGGUAAACUGCAUGAUAGUUAUUGAAUUUGGCAAUGACACGGCCAUGGCAAACUUGUGCCGCAUUCCAAGUGCUACAUAUUACUUUGUUACCAGUAUUUAUGGUGUCACAAUAGUUUGUUGUAUAAUGUUUUGGGAGGGGAGGGCUUGUGCUCAGGGAAUUUUUGUAACUAGUAAAAUUGUUUGUGUACCAUAGUUUGGGCUGCAACGAAGUUUUACACUACUGGUCGGCCCAUAGUUGAUAGUUUCUUGUCUGGAUGUUGUAAAGGAUUUUAUUCUUUUAGCUCAUAAU